CAUACUUUUACUAAAAAUGUCUCAGCCUACUCGUGUAUUAACCGCUGAUGAUGGUUUAAUUGACGAGAAGCUUGCUCAAGGCAUUGCCCAGUACUUACCUCCUAGGUGUGCUGCUGCCGAAGUAUGGAAAAGGUUAUAUUCCCUUCAGCAUGACGGAGCAUCUCUUCAUACUAUGUAUCAGAAUUGUAUGAAACAGAAGGAAGAAUCCGGAAACCCUAAGGGUGCUUGUCUUCUGGUUGCAAAGGAUGUACAUGAUAAUGUCUUUGGAGCAUUCGUAGAUGAGUACCUUUGCCCACGCCCUCAUUAUGUUGGCUCUAAUGAAUCCUUUUUGUGGAAAUGCUUUUCUGAUAAUAACAGACUCCGUGCCUUCCCGUGUGUUGGAGAUUCAAAUUUUGUAAUCUACUGCACGAGAAGUUUUAUUGCUUUAGGAGGUGGCAACGGUCGCUACAGCCUUUGGAUUAAUGGAACUAUGGAAUAUGGCUACUCGGAUAAGACUCCUGCUUUUAAUAACUCUCCCUUGAGUCAUCGCAGUUGCCAAAAUCAGAGAAUCUGGAUAGUGGAUGUCGAACUUUGGUGCAUAGAGUAAAUCUGUUUUCUUUCUUGUUUUGCAAUUGUGCGUAUUUCUAGAACUAUACCUGAAGGAUCCGGCGCUGACGAAAGAAUAGUUACAGUAUAACCUUGUAACAUGGAAUAUUUUAUUACUUGAAAUUCUUUUUCUAGUAUGCUUAUUCUCUAAUGGGUGCUCUUUCGAUCAACAGGACUAACUUCCUUUUUUUUUCCCCUCAUUUGAAACUUUUAUGAGUUUCAUAAAAGGAAGCUAUAGUUUUAAGGGUUCUUGGGAUUGCUGUAAGGUUGUCGAUUUUUUAUUUACAUUGUCUGCUAUAUUUCUUUGGUUUUUCUUUUUUUUUAUUGGAAAUUCGCGUAGUCGUCCAUAAAUAAUCAUGAUGGUAUGCAUCUAUGUUUUUUUUAAA